ACCCUAAGCUGUUUGUCUAGACCCCCUCCUCCUCUCUGCUAGUUCAUUUACUGUGAGUCAGAGAUGGGGAGGGAGUUUCUGAGCGCGCGCCCCCCCCCCCCCCCUCCCCCCCUUGCUGGAGGUCCCUCUGCACACAGAGAGGCUUCAGUCCGGCUGAGAGACAUGAGAGACAGCAGCGACCUGCGGGGCUCCCAGCCCCCCCACCGGGACCCCUGAGCCUCUCUGCAGCAGGAGCCGGGACACUCAUCAGAACCAGACUUUAAUGAGGACCCUCUCUCUCUGACCCGGGCUGUGUUUGGUGACGUUGGUGCGUAAUUACGCGCAGGUCUUGGAGACUCCCCGCGCGGUUUCCCGCAGGAUUAUUCUUGUCCGCUGCUCAGAUGGAGACCUCCCUCCCGGUGCUGCUGGUCCUGGUUCUGUCUCUGGGGUCCCGGAUAGAGGAGACCAUGUGUCAGCACUUCUUCCUGCUGCGGCCCAGCGACGCGCUGCCCGUCGUGGAUCUGAAGGAGGACCCGGAUCCGGUGCUGGACCCACGGGAGAAGGACCUGAACGAGACGGAGCUCCGCAGCGCACUGGGCAGCCACUUCGACCCGCAGAGCAUGUCCCUGUCCCCCCCGGGGGAGGACCAAGGGGGGAAGGAGGAUCCGCUUCCCAAAGAGCUCCAGGACCUGGAUCUGGAUCCGGGCCGGAAGCAGAAGAAGAAGCUGCGGCGGCGGCUACAGUUGCUGUUGGCUCGCACCCGCUGCCCGCUCGUGCACGUGUGGACCGACCUGGGCACGCGGUUCUGGCCGCGGUACGUGCGCGUGGGCAGCUGCCACAGACAGAGCUCGUGCUCAGUGCCGGGGGGCAUGUUCUGCAGACCCACUCGCUCCUCUAGCCUCACCGUGCUGCGGUGGCGCUGUGUCACCCGGAGGGGGGGGCUCCGGUGCGCGUGGAUCCCCGUGAACUACCCCGUCAUAUCCGAGUGCAAGUGCAAGUGCCCCCCCUGAGGACAGACUGUGUAAAAAAAGACUUCUAUAUUUUAUUUUUAUAAACCCCCCCCUGUACAUUGUAUUAUUAUCUUCAUGUUUCCCAUUUGUGUAGAUCUGCAGUGAUGGGCAAGUGACUUCCAGCAUGUAAUCCAGUACAUGUUCCUGAUUCCUGUCUUCUUACAGUGAUAAGGGACAUUACAUCAUCACUGUCUCUGAACUGUGAUGCGUUACUCUACUCUGAGUUACUCUGAGUCACUCUCACCAGAAUAACCUCUACAGUUUGUCUUUAAAUGCUAACAUGUAGUUUACUGCAGCUCAGUAAUUAAAGCUCUCUAUCUGGCAGUACAUGCUGAACAUGAGGGAAGAGCUAGAGGUUAAACUGCUGCUCCGUUUCAGUGGGCUGGAUAAUAUGUGAUACCGGUACCGUGACGUCUCUGUGUGUCAUUAAUAACAUGUGAGUGGAGCCUCUGCACGGCCCUGUGACCUGCUGGAUAGGAACCAGUCUCUAUGCAGCGUUAGCUCACCUGGUCAUUGGUGUGUUAGCGGGGAUUUGGCUGACAAGCUUUCUAAAAGCUGGAGAUUCCACAGAGGACAGAGGCUGCAGAUC